AUGCAUCUGAGCACAUAUCUGAGACGUCGAUUUACCUACUGGACACGGAAUGGUGUACCAGGGGCAAACUAUCCGGAAUACGAAGCAUUUAUUGGCGUUCACCAUGAAUGUACGGUGGAGUCGAUCAAAAAAUACGGUCGAGUGUACGGCACAUACACGGGCUUUAGGCGCAGUAUAGUCAUCAAUGAGCCCGAUCUGCUCCGGGACAUUAUGGUGAAAGACUUUAACGUGUUUCCCGACCACAAGCAUUUCCACAUGGGCAGUUCAAAGCUCGACAAAAGCUUAUUUUUUAUGCCCGGCGACGAUGAUUGGAAACGUGUGCGCUCUAUACUGUCCCCAGUGUUUACAUCGGGUAAACUGCGGGCAAUGAUGGCACACAUCGGCGGCAUUUCCGAUGGAUUGGUUCACAGUUUGAGUGAAUUUGAGAAAAAUGGGAAACCGGUUGAUAUGCGCAAAUAUAUUGGCGCGUUUGCGAUGGAUGUGAUCAGUGCCUGCGCUUACGGCAUAAACCCCCAGUCCAUCAGUAAUCCGGAUCAUCCCAUCGUAACCAACGCUAAGAGUAUACUAGGAUUAGACGCCGGAGUGAAUCAAAUAUUUUCUGUUUUGACGCCCGCUUUGGCCCGAUUCCUAAACCUCGAGCCCUUUCCGGUCAAAGCUGUCGACUAUUUCGAUGAUUUGACAAAUCAAAUACUGAAAGAAAGAAAAGUGAACAACAAAUACAUUAUAGUUAAUAAUAAUAAACACAAAAAGCGCACAGAUUUCAUUCAAUUAAUGAUAGACUCAGAAAAGUCAGACAAAGAGUCGGGUUAUUAUUCCGGUAGUGAACCGGAAGUGGACGACGAGCCCAGCGGUGGACAGUUGCCGAAGAAAGUUGUGGGAACCCUAACACCGGAUGAGUUGACGGCUCAGGGAAUACUGUUUUUUAUUGCGGGUUAUGACACUACCAGCGCUGCCCUAACCCACGCAAUACACUACUUGUCUAAACACCCGGACUGUCAGCAAAUACUAUACGAAGAGUUGCGAAGUUGUGAUGAGUUUACGUACGAAAAGUUAUCGCAAUUGAAAUACUUGAACGCAGUUAUCAAUGAAACACUACGUCUCGCGCCUUCGCUAACACGUAUACAACGGGAAUGCAUUCAGGAUUACAAACUCGGGAAUACCGGCAUUACAGUACCCGCGGGCACAUCGGUCGAGAUCUAUCCAUACGCUAUACAAAGGGACCCAGACUUUUGGCCCAACCCUAACGACUUCAUACCCGACCGGUUCCUAAACCCAGUACACCAUCCCUACGCUUAUUUGCCGUUUGGUGGCGGACCCAGAAUUUGUAUUGGCCAAAGAUUUGCUCUCCAGGAGAUGAGAAUGUGCCUGGCUAAAUUAGUUAACCAAUUUGAAUUUAUCGCCUACAAUAAGACUAAAAUUGAAUAUUUUACUGGAAAUAUUUUAAUGUCCCCGAAAGAGCUCUUGGUUAAUAUUAAAUCUAGAAUUUAG